UUGACGCCGGUAAAAAGAACGGGGCUUGCGGGGGACUCGCUAACUCGGCUCUGCACCACGGACAGGGCCAUUUCACCGCUCUCCCACGUCGUUUCAGCUAGUCCCGAGCUCAGAAGAAGACACUUCCCAACCAUGGCGACGCCGCAGAGCCCCAGCUACCGCAAGAAGCAGAUCUCCAUGCGAAACAUUCCCCAGCUGGAGAACGUGGCAGCUGUCAAGGCGUCCUUCAACCGGCACCUUCACCAAACCCUGGUCAAGGACCGCCACGUGGCCACUCACAACGACUUCUACAAGUCCACGGCCUUCACGGUUCGCGACCAGCUCGUGGGGAAAUGGGUGCGCACCCAGCAGCACUACUACGACCGAGACCCCAAGCGUGUUUACUACAUGUCUAUGGAGUUUCUCAUGGGUCGCUCGCUCACCAACGCCAUGGUCAAUCUUGGCGUGGACUCUGAAGUAGAAGAGGCUCUGUACGAGCUGGGGUUGGAGUUGGAGGAUCUGCAAGAGGAGGAAGACGACGCAGGUCUGGGUAACGGUGGGCUGGGUCGACUGGCUGCCUGCUUCCUCGACUCGAUGGCCACACUUUCUCUCCCGGCCUACGGCUACGGCCUCCGCUACGAGUACGGGAUAUUCUCUCAGACUGUCGUCGACGGACACCAGGUUGAGAGACCGGACGAGUGGCUGAGGUUCGGGACCUGCUGGGAGCUCUCUCGACCAGAGUACCAAGUCCCCAUCCAUUUCUACGGCCGAGCAGAGAUGGACGGGUGGAAGGACACGCAGGUAGUGAUGGCCAUGCCCUACGACUACCCAAUCCCGGGCUACGGGAACUCCACUGUCAACACCAUGAGACUCUGGUCCGCCAAGUCUCCCAACAGCUUUGACUUAUCUUACUUCAAUCACGGGAACUACAUACGGGCCGUGCUUGAUCGCAACUUGGCUGAGAACAUCACUCGCGUCCUCUACCCAAAUGACAACAAAAUGGAGGGGAAGGAGCUGCGACUGAAGCAGGAGUACUUUCUCUGCUCCGCCACCCUCCAAGACAUCGUCCGUCGAUUCAAGACCUUUAGGUCUCGAAUGGGAGGCAAGGCUCGCGCCGGUUUUAAAGAUUUCUCCAAAAAGGUUGCCAUUCAGUUGAACGACACUCACCCAGCCCUGGCCAUAGCUGAGUUGAUGCAUAUCCUGGUGGACCUGGAGAAGCUGGGCUGGGAGGAGGCGUGGGCCGUCUGCACAGGGACCUUUGCCUACACCAACCACACCCUCCUACCCGAGGCCCUCGAGAGAUGGCCAAUCUCCAUGAUUGAGAGGGUUCUCCCCCGUCACCUUCAGAUCAUCUACGAGAUCAACGCUCGCCACUUGAAGGAGGUGGAGGCAAGGUUCCCGGGAGAGGUGGCUCGCAUCGGUCGCAUGUCCAUCGUGGAAGAGUUCCCGGAGAAGAGACUCAACAUGGCCUACCUGGCCAUCAUCGGCUCUCACGCUGUCAACGGAGUGGCCGCCAUACACUCUGCCAUUAUCAAGAGAUCCAUUUUCAAGGAUUUCUACGAGAUGACCCCAGACAAGUUCCAGAACAAGACAAACGGAAUCACUCCUCGUCGUUGGCUGAGGCUCUGCAACCCUUCCCUGGCCGACAUCAUUUCCAACGAGCUGGGAGGAGAGGCGUGGGUGAAGGACCUCUUCCUACUGAAGAAACUGCUGCCCCUUGCCAGCUCUGAUGCCUUCAAGCAGAGAGUCUUCCAAGUGAAAAAGGAGAACAAGAAGAGUUUUGCCGAGUAUCUGGAGAAGACACACGGAGUGAAGGUCAACCCAGAGUCUCUGUUUGACGUCCAGGUGAAGAGGAUCCACGAGUACAAGAGACAGCUGAUGAACGUUCUCCACAUCAUCACCUUCUACAACAGGUUGAAGGCAAAUCCCGACUUGCCAGUAGUUCCCAGGACCAUUCUCAUUGGAGGAAAAGCAGCCCCAGGCUAUCACGCUGCCAAGAUGAUCAUUAAACUGAUCAACUCUGUUGCUGAUGUGGUGAACAACGACCCUGACAUUGGAGACGUUCUGAAGGUGGUCUUCUUGAGGAACUACAGAGUUUCUCUUGCCGAGAAAGUCAUCCCAGCCACUGACCUAUCUGAACAGAUCUCGAUGGCUGGAACUGAGGCUUCAGGUACUGGCAACAUGAAAUUCAUGGCCAACGGAGCACUGACCAUAGGGACACUGGACGGAGCCAAUGUCGAGAUGAGGGACGAGGUCGGGGACAAAAACAUCUUCAUAUUCGGCAUGACCGUCCCUGAGGUGGAGAAACUGAAGGCAGAAGGGUACAACCCUCGCCAGUACUAUGAGAGUAACCCAGAGCUGAAGAAGGCCAUCGAUCAGAUCCACGAGGGUUUCUUCUGCCCCGAGGAGCCGGCACUUUUCCACGGACUCACCGAUCACCUUCUUUCCCACGACACGUGAGAGGAAAACCACUCAAUGUGACCAGUGUGGAUAUCUUUCAGCAACCUUCGCUAGCCAUGUGUAAUUCUAGAGUCUCGCCGUACCGUUGCAUUGCUUUCAUAUUCACCACCUGUUGUAGCUGGUGACUUUAUGUAUACAAAAGGUUUCCUCUUUCCGUUACUUGCUCCCGUACACACAGGUACUGCCUACUGGCCGACUAUGAAGCGUACAUGAAGGCCCAGGAGAGAGUUACCCAAGUGUAUAUGGACCGGAAGCGCUGGCUGACCAUGGUGGUCCACAACAUAGCCAAGUGUGGCAAGUUCUCCAGUGACCGCACCAUCCAGGAGUACGCCCACGACAUCUGGGGAGCCAAAGCAUGUGUUGUUCCGAAUGACACCCAGAAGAAGGCAAUUGACAAAUUUUGAUCGCAGUCGACACAGAACACACACUGUUCGAUCGGAACUUGUAUGUGGGCAGUGCCAGAUAUCAAACUUUAACCCCUAGACGCAAUAUGCGUGUAAUAAUCAUUAUCUGCCACAUUGAUAAUUAUCAUAAUUAAUCUACAGCACAGAAACAAGUUCAGUACAACAGCAUGUUACGUGUGCAUAACAGAUGUUUGCCAAGUAUGAGGAGAGAGCGAGGAAAGAGACGACAGGUUGCAAGGCUAGACUGCAGAAUGACUAUAGUUAGCCUCAGAAGAACUCCAGGGGUUGCCCCCUUUGAGAGUACCUCGUCAGGUCAGCCACCAUAACAGCCAAACCCCACCACCCUGCACCUCCCUCCCUCUCUCUCCUCUGGACGGCCUUGCACUACUCUCCUAUAGCAGCGCGAAUGGCAUCGACAAUCUUUUUCAGUUUAGCUUCACUGUCCACAAAGCCUUCGCCUCCCUGUAAGCAUAAUUCUCUGUAAUAUAAAUUACAGUAUAUCGAGCCAAAGUAUAAUAGGUGUGGGGCAUGUUUACAGUGUAGUACAUAGUGCUACUACAACUUCUCUCCCACAGUGGGUGGUCAUGCAAUGUAAUCACCCCAUAAUCUAUAGUGUGUUAUUACAGGGUAUAAUAGUAUAGUAUAGAGGCCCAACUGAAUUUAGAAGAUACUGUGGAUACUUUCCUUCGCGUGAUGGGGUGUGGCGGGACAGACCAGCUCUAUACACCAGGUGUCUAUAGGCCUAUUAAGAACGCGAGAGUGGCUUUUCCGUGUCAACGUACCUUCUUGGAGUGAACGAGUUUUCCAGCCACUGUCACCUCAAAGGACCCCGUUAUCCCUUUAGUAGACUCCCCCAACACAGCAAUCUUGUCACCAAACUCGUCAGACAGCUCCUCUUGGACCCGUCUGUACUUGGCAGCGUACCCUCAUCCACCACAGUAGACGAUCUUCACUUCGCAAGCCAUUCUCUUCUGGUAGAGACUAUAGGACCUCCGCUAUUU